CACAAAUCGACCACAACGUCCCAAGGCAAGGCUUGGAAUAUUCAGCGGGCUGCACUGUUGGGACCAUUCGACGACCCUUUUGCAGCCUACUUGGAUCAGCACGCAGGACAUACUCUGAGCGGAUUUUUGCAGUGUAGGACGUGACCCGUCGAAUCAGGCAAAUACGAAUGCAGGAAGCAGAGGAGCUGGAUACGUGCCGGAUAUGCAGUGCACCAGGGGAGCCGGACCAACCACUUUUCCACCCUUGUAAAUGUUCUGGCACUAUCCGAUACAUCCAUCAAGACUGUUUGACGACAUGGCUAUCACACAGCAAAAAGAAAACCUGCGACGUCUGCAAGCAUCCUUACUCCUUCACGAAAGUUUAUGCCGCCGACAUGCCCGACACGCUCCCGCCCUUACUUCUCGUUCGUCGACUCGCCCAACAGGCUCUCUUCGGCGUUCUCUUCGGCCUUCGAGCUGUAAUGAUUGCCAUCAUAUGGCUUGCCGUGCUUCCUUGGAUAACGAUAUGGACGUGGAGGUUGUACUUUACGAUGGGAGAAUCCACUGCGUUGUGGAUAAGCGGGCGUGAUCAACUGCCGAGCUCUUCCUCUGCCGGACUCGUGUCACUUGAAAUUUCCAACGAAACCGUUUCGUCUUGGAGUAAUUCAACGAUCCUUCUUCGACUUACGACACGGCCUUUUUGGCAAUCCCUUUCUGCUGACAUAUUUGCCGGUCAGAUCAUAGCGUCGCUGAUAGUCCUCACUUUUGUCGCUGUUUUUCUUUUGCGCGAGUGGAUCUCCCAGAAUGCCAGGCCUGGAGUAUUUGAAGAAGAAGAAUUUGGCGUACCUCCUGCGAUGAAUGCUGCAAAGCUCGAAGGUCGUCUCAACCCCCGAGCACCAUUCCCCAUGGGCAGGGACUUUGCAGCAGGAAGAGAGGAAGCCCGACGUCAAGCUAGGUUCAUGCGGGCACGUCGCGGCGGUAUGAUGCAGAACGGUCAGCCCGAACGCCCGCGACGGCAGAACAAUUUAGAAAGGGGACAGCCCUUGCGUGUUCUUCCCGUCCCUUUUCCUCAAUAUCCUGCCGUAGAACCACCACCGCUACCGCCUCCGAGUUCGCUUCAAAUUCCCGAUAGCAAUGAACCUCCAGCUUCCACAGGGAAAGGCAAGGCGAGGCACCAGGAUGAUUUCGAUGAUGACGGGUCUGCUGGAUUGCGCCGCAGGACCCGUAGAAAGCUGGAUUCACAAGAUGAAGAUGGUGUCGGUGGUCCACCCUUCCCCGAUUCUAGCGAAUCCGCAAUGCUAGCAUCGGGCGCCUCCACAGCGUUAGCACCAGGUUCCUCCGCAGUCGUCCCUCCUGCACCAUUCGAAUUUACCUUCCGUGCACCACGAUCAGUCAAUGGUUCCGCUUAUGACAACCACGACGCCCCUCCUGGGUCAACAUCACAGGUGGAACCCCAAGGUCCAUGGCAUGCCGACGCAAUUGCACCUCCGGAGUCAACCACCUUUGAAAGCUAUUCAUCCCGUCCAGAGCUAGUACACGACGAACCACCAGCAUCCGAGUUACCCUCUUAUGUACAGCCUGGGCCUGCUCAUCAGGAUCCUCUUGACGCGUCCGUUGAUAGUGAGGUCCGAACCGAUGUAGCGCGAGGCCCCUUUGUUGAAGAAUCAAAAGAGACUUUGGAUGCCAAUCCCACUGUACCUGUUGCAUUAGGGAAAUACGCUUUCUUCCCAGGCGGUAGCAGCCCAUAUGUCCCCGGUCGAACUCCAAGUCCAGGAGAAGAAUUUGUCUCAUCCCCUUCGUCUUCGCACGUUCAAGCCGGACCUGCCCUCCGGCAGUUUUCAAUGCCCAAUACCACCACCCUGUCUGAGGGACUUACUUCUUCGGCAACCAUCGCAACGUAUACUCCAUCAGAAGAACUUGAGGCUGGACCGUCGUCUGCGGCAAGCAGACACAUAGACCGGGAGAAGUACGCGAGACAGGAGGUGGAGGAUGAGUUCAACCAUUACUUCCGCGAAGCAGCCACUCCCAAAGAAGCGUUGGAAGUACCGAAUCCAGGCCCGGAUCUGAAUGGCUUGCACAAACCGGAUGUACCCGUCGAGGAUGAUGAAGAGGACGAAGAGGGUGAUGUCGAGCUAGAGGCAGAAGAUCUUGAUCGUGAUGAAGAUGACGACGAAGACGAGGACGACUUCGGUAACUUAAACAUCGUGAACCGCCCGGGUGUACAGGCACAGCAAGCACAAUUACAGGAAGCCGCUGAACAGAUGAACGAGGGGGCUGAUGAUCUUGAAGCUGGUGUCGAGGACGAUAUGGAGGGCGCGCUUGAAGCCAUUGGCCUCCGAGGGCCGCUUUUCGGUGUUAUUCAGAACGCUGUUCUAAUGGUGCUUGUCCUUGAUACCGCCAUGGGAUUUGGAAUAUGGCUUCCUUUCACCCUGGGAAAGACAGCCGCUUUGUUGUCGUUGGAUCCUCCCCGAGCACUUCAUAUUCUUCAUUUACCCAUCCGCGCGAUGAGAGUGAUUACCGACCCCGUGGUGGACUCUGUCACAUUUCUUCUUAGCCGUUUCAUGCCUCCACUGUUCAACAUGGCACUCGAACUUCUUUUCCGUUUUGUGCUAUUCGCCGCGGAGAAAUCGGUGGGACCUACAGCAGCAGCCACUGUGGUUGAGCUACGUUCUUGGGUGGCAUCAGAAGGCGCGAAACUGUCCGAGAGAUUGGUGGAAUGGCUGCGAUCGCCCCCUGAGGAACCGUCUCCGGGCUUGUCAAGUCACAUCGAGGAUUUCUUCGAAGGCGAUUCUGCAAUCGCACGCUUCUUGGAGCCCUACUUUGCGGAAUUCGGUGGAAGCAUCAGACUCGCCACUGAGCGGGCCCAGAAAUCUUGGGUUCAUUUAGCACUUGGUCACGGAGCGCCGGAGCGAACUUUUGCGAUUUGUCUGGGCUAUGCAGUGAUUGCGCUCUGCCUUGCUCUUUACCUGAACGUGUUCACUGUUGGCAAUGCACGAAGUGCAGGAAGGGCGGUAAGGAAUGCUGUGAGACAGCAGCUACUUGUAGUGAAGGUUGCUAUGUUUAUCAUCAUUGAAUUGGUUAUAUUCCCACUUGGGUGUGGGAUCAUGCUCGAUGCGUGCACGAUAUGGGUCUUCCCGGAGGCUUCAUUUGCCUCGCGCGUCUCAUUCUUCUCGCAAGCACCAUUGACGGCUAUGUUCUAUCACUGGGUUGCCGGAACUAUGUUCAUGUACCAAUUUGCCAUCCUGUUGGCUGGUUGCAGGAGCAUUAUGCGCCCAGGUGCCAUGUGGUUCAUCAAGGAUCCCCAAGAUCAGAACUUCCAUCCCAUUCGCGACAUCCUUGACAGACCCACAUUGACGCAGUUCCGCAAGCUCCUUAUCAGCGCAUUCAUGUAUUCGAUGGUGGUUGCCUGUGGUGUUGGCAGUCUUGCAAUCCUGCUGUUCAUCGGAAGCAAGUCAACCUUCCCCAUCCGCUGGAAGACACGUGAUCCAUUGUCCGACGUUCCCAUCGAUCUGCUUUUCCUCCAAAUCGUCCUGCCAUAUACGAUGCGCCAUUUGAAACCUCGCAAGGUACUGCACGAGACUUCCAUAUAUGUCUGGAGAUACCUGGCUUCCAAGCUGAGAUUGACGUCCUACAUGUUUGGUGAGAGGACUACAGACCAAGAAGCAACGGUGCGGUACCGGACAUGGAUUGCAUUUUUCUUGCAGUCGACGAAAGACGCUGUUACUGAGCGUGAUGGGACGUUCCGUCGAGUGCCUGCUAGUGACAAUAUCGCACUCCCGAGGGACAUGCGAGCGACUGCUGAAGUGUUUGAGAACGGUCUCCCCGCAACCGAGGAGGCGAGGGAUCUCAUUCGGCAGCAGAACAACGAAGCUGCCAAAGCCAAACGUGACAUCAAGGCCGACUACAUUGUCGUGUACUUCCCACCGCGGUUCCGAGCGAGGAUUCUUACCUUUGUCGCUGCGGUGUGGACGGUCGUUGCGAUCGUAGUGGCGGUCUGCAUCGCUCUACCUGUGCAGAUAGGGCGACGCUUUUUCGCGCUGUUCACUCCGUCCGAGUUGCACGACGGGUACUCGUUCCUUGUUGGGUUUUACCUGCUAUGGGCGUGCUAUGCCAUCUCACAAGCCUCGGAGCGGAUGAACAAGCGGAGGUUACGGAUCAACGGUCCUAAACCGGGCUUUAUGGUGUUCUUCGCGAAAAGAAGUCUACUUUGGCUUUCGAAGAUUACUUAUAUGGUUGUCAUGUUUGGGAUCAUCAUCCCGACGCUGCUUGGCCUUGUUGUGGACGUCUAUGUCAUACUGCCCAUCCGGUUAGGGCUGGAUCCGACAAUGGUUCCGAAUAUACGUAUUGUGGAUAUGUGGUCCCUUGGUCUUAUUUAUGGCAAAAUUGCGAUUCGACUUCGCAGGCAGAUACAACUUCCAGGUCGCUCCGCGCAAGCACUUCAGACAAUCCCGCAACAGGCUACGAAGGAGCUCAUUUUCCCGCUGGUUGCAGGUCUGCUAGGCAUGCUUGUCAUCCCUGCAGGUUUCGUCUACUUGUUACGUGAAGUCGUUGGACUUCCUCUCGGGACAAAAUUCCUGUUUGUACAUGCAUAUCCUGGUAUUUUCGGUGCAGCAGGUCUUGCCCGAAUAUGGUCGCAGGCCGUACGCGAUAAGGAGUUCCUAGUGGAGAUGCGACUGCAGAAUCACGAGUCCAAUAGACCUGAGGAAGACAAGGCAGCUGCCACUAUCGAAGAGCAAGUAGUGCAAUAACAACUACAUACGCACGCACCGGCGGCAGGGGGCACGCAGAAGCAACUGCUCAUGGCAUAUUUUUCAAUAUUGGACGGUUGUCCUGUUCCUUCCUCAUUUUUUAUUCACCCCCCGCAUAUGUAAUAGUAUCUGUACACUUCCUUGGGCUUUUUAAUUAGUGCAACUUACAAUCAGUCACGCAUCUGCAGAGCUCGUACUUGCAUGAGUCCGGAACAAGACCCGUGAAAUGAAGUUCUGG